AUGGCAGGCAAAGUUGAGGUUUCCGAAGUUGCCUGGAGAGCUGGUGUGGCAUCCGGAAUCGACCAAAGAACUCAUCGAAAGAAAAGGAUGCUCUACAGGCAAAUCUCCCAAAAAAUGGGGAAUUUCAAGUGCGACGUCUCUUCCCCGAAAAGCAUUACCUCGGCCUACGCACCAGCAAAAGAAACCUUUACCUGGAUCGAUUAUUCUGUCCAAUGUGCCGGUAUCAUCGUCUUUGGCGCACCCAGCGUCAACUGCUUCGUUGAAGACUUCGACAAGCAGUACGCCAUCAAGAUCAUGCGCUCCCCACCACUCGACUCCAAAGCAUACCCCGAGGCUCAGAUUCCGGCAGGGCGUGCCUAA